UAUCAAUAUCAUAAACAAACAGAACUUUUAUUAUUAUAUUCUCUGUUUCCUUUGUUCAUCUCCUGAAGCAAUCAAGAGAGAUGUUGUCACAUGUUGUUGAGAAGCUCAAUGGGAACAACAAGAAACCCAAGUGUGAUGAAGGUGAUGAGUGCAAGAUGAUCAAAGGCACUGUUGUGUUGAUGAAGAAGAAUGUUUUGGACUUCAAUGACUUCAAUGCUUCUGUUCUUGAUGGUAUUCGUGAGUUGUUUGGCCAUGGUGUCUCCCUCCAACUCAUCAGUGCUUCUGCUAAUGAAAAUGGGUUGCAAGGGAAACUAGGAAAGCCAUCAAAUUUAGAAGAUUGGAUCACCACAGGCACUUCAUUAGUCGCCGGUGAAUCAGCAUUCAACGUGACGUUUGAUUCGGAUGAAGACAUUGGAGUUCCAGGGGCAUUCCUGAUAAGAAACAAUCAUCACAGUGAAUUCUACCUUAAGACUGUGACACUUGAAAAUGUUCCAGGCCAAGGCAGAAUCCACUUUGUUUGCAAUUCAUGGGUUUACCCUUCUCAUCGCUACAAAAAUGAUCGCGUUUUCUUCUCCAACACGACAUAUCUUCCAAGCCAAACACCGGAGUCACUGCGUAAGUAUAGAGAAGAAGAGCUAGUGAACUUAAGAGGUGAUGGUAAUGGAGAGCUCAAGGAGUGGGAUAGGGUUUAUGAUUAUGCUUACUACAAUGAUUUGGGUAAUCCUGACAAAGGUCCCAAGUAUGUUCGACCGGUUCUUGGAGGGUCUACUGAGUAUCCUUAUCCGCGCAGAGGAAGAACAGGCAGAAAACCAGCAGAGAAAGAUCCUAAUACAGAGAGCAGAUUGCCACUUCUGAUGAGCUUGAACAUUUACGUUCCAAGAGACGAGCGAUUUGGUCAUUUGAAGUUAUCAGAUUUUCUUGCUUAUGCACUGAAAUCAGUAGCUCAGUUCAUUAGGCCUGAACUUGAAGCCUUAUUUGACAGUACACCGAACGAAUUCGACUCCUUUGAAGAUGUACUAAAGCUCUAUGAAGGAGGGUUUAAGCUCCCUGAUGGUCCUCUACUUGACAAUAUCAAGAAAAACAUUCCUCUAGAGUUGCUUAAGGAAAUUUUCCGGUCUGACGGUGAAGGAGCCUUGAGAUUCCCAAUGCCUCAAGUUAUUCAAGAGGAUAAAUCUGCAUGGAGGACUGAUGAAGAAUUUGCAAGAGAAAUGCUUGCUGGAGUGAACCCUGUGAUUAUUCAUCGUCUCGAGGAAUUUCCCCCAAAAAGCAAGCUGGAUCCUGAAACAUAUGGUGAUCAGGAUAGCAAAAUAACCGAAGAACACAUAGAGGGAAGCCUCAAUGGACUGACCAUAGACAUGGCAAUCAAGAACAGCAGGCUGUUCAUAUUGGAUCACCACGACAUGCUAAUGCCGUACCUUAGGAGGAUCAAUGACAGUACCUCAACAAAGACUUAUGCAUCCCGGACACUCCUUUUCUUGCUCGAUGAUGGGACGCUAAAGCCAUUAGCGAUUGAAUUGAGUUUGCCGCAUCCAGAAGGAGAUAAGUUUGGAGCCAUUAGUACAGUAUACACUCCAGCUGAACGUGGCGUCGAAGGUUCCAUUUGGCAGCUCGCGAAAGCAUAUGUCGCUGUAAAUGACUCCGGUGUUCAUCAGCUUAUUAGCCACUGGUUGAACACUCAUGCAGUGAUGGAACCAUUUGUUAUUGCAACAAAUAGGCAGCUCAGUGUGCUUCACCCUAUUCACAAGCUCUUGCAUCCUCAUUUCCGCGACACGAUGAAUAUAAACGCGUUGGCCAGGCAGGCACUCAUCAAUGCUGGUGGAAUACUGGAGUCAACAGUUUUUCCUGGAAAAUUCGCAAUGGAACUGUCUUCUGUUGUUUAUAAAAACUGGGUUUUCAAUGAACAAGCUCUCCCUGAAGAUCUCAAAAAGAGAGGAAUAGCAGUUGAGGAUCCUAAUUCGCGACACGGUCUUAACUUACUGAUAAAGGACUAUCCAUAUGCUGUUGAUGGACUUGAAAUCUGGUUUGCAAUCAAAACAUGGGUGAAGGACUAUUGCUCCUUCUACUAUCAAAACGACGAGACAGUUCAAAAUGACGCUGAGCUCCAAUCGUGGUGGAAGGAACUCCGCGAGGUAGGCCAUGGUGACAAGAAAGAUGAACCCUGGUGGUCUAAAAUGGAGACUCUUCAAGACUUGAUAGAAACAUGCACCAUCAUCAUUUGGAUAGCUUCUGCACUCCAUGCUUCAAUCAACUUUGGACAAUAUCCAUUUGCAGGUUACCUCCCAAACCGUCCAACGAUAAGCAGAAGGUUCAUGCCUGAAAAAGGAACUCCUGAGUACGCUGAGCUCGAAUCGAACCCUGACAAGACAUUCUUGAAAACAAUCACUUCACAACUACAAACUCUUCUUGGUAUCUCAUUGAUAGAGAUUUUGUCGAGGCAUUCAUCGGACGAGGUCUAUCUAGGACAAAGAGACACUCCUGAAUGGACUGCAGAUGAAGCUCCAUUGAAAGCAUUUGAGAGAUUUGCAGAAAAGCUUGGAGGGAUUGAGGACAAAAUCAUUGAAAUGAACAAUGAUGAGAGGUUGAAGAACAGGGUUGGCCCUAUUAAGGUGCCUUACACAUUGAUGUAUCCUACUAGUGAAGGUGGACUUACUGGCAAGGGAAUUCCCAAUAGUGUCUCGAUCUAAAGCUUCUUAUCAAGAACAAGCAACAAUUAGUGCUAUACAAAUAGUAGAUGAAUGUUUAUGCAUAUCCAAAUCAUAUAAAUAAAUCAAUACAAAUAAUACUAUUUGAUAUGUGAAGUA